GGAGGAGGCUGCGGGGCCGCGGCGGGCGGCGGCGGUGGCGGCGGCGCUGAGGAGACCCUGAGCGAGGCGGGGACGAGCGGCGGCGCGCUUUCGUGCCUGUGGGCUGCUGCUGCCGGGAAGGGCGGCGCGCGUGUGCCUGUCUGAGGGGUCUCAUGUGCGGCGGCGGCGGCGGCGGCGGUGGUGGUCCUUCGCCCUCAGGAGGAGGAGAAAGAGGCGCCUCAUCCCGGCGCUGCGUCCGCUGAGCCGGCUCCCCGGGCAGGCAGCGGCAAGGCGGCAGGAUGAAGUUCGCCGAGCACCUUUCCGCGCACAUCACCCCGGAGUGGAGGAAGCAGUACAUCCAGUAUGAGGCUUUCAAGGAGAUGCUGUAUGCAGCUCAGGACCAAGCCCCUUCUAUAGAAGUCACAGAUGAAGACACUGUAAAAAGGUAUUUUGCCAAGUUUGAAGAGAAAUUCUUUCAAACCUGUGAAAAGGAACUUGCCAAAAUCAACACAUUUUAUUCAGAGAAGCUUGCCGAAGCUCAGCGCAGGUUUGCUACACUACAGAAUGAACUGCAGUCUACUUUGGAUGCACAGAGAGAAAACAGUGGUCUCACCACUCUGCGGCAACGUAAAAUGCCAGUCUUCCACCUGUCCCAUGAAGAGCGUGUUCAGCACAGGAACAUCAGAGACCUGAAACUGGCCUUUAGUGAGUUCUACCUCAGCCUCAUCCUACUGCAGAACUAUCAGAACCUAAACUUCACAGGAUUCCGUAAAAUCCUCAAGAAACAUGACAAGAUCCUGGAGACUCCCCGAGGUGCAGAUUGGAGAGUCGCACACGUUGAAGUGGCACCGUUUUAUACUUGCAAAAAAAUCAACCAGCUCAUCUCUGAAACAGAGACAGUGGUGACUAACGAAUUGGAAGAUGGAGACCGACAGAAAGCUAUGAAGCGGUUACGUGUUCCACCACUGGGAGCUGCACAGCCUGCACCAGCAUGGACUACCUUUAGGGUCGGGUUAUUCUGUGGAAUAUUCAUCGUGUUGAAUGUUACAGUCAUCAUUUCAGGUGUAAUUUUUCUGAAAGCAUUGAACGUGUGGCCACUCAUAAGAAUCUAUCGAGGUGGCUUUCUCCUGAUAGAAUUCCUCUUUCUCCUUGGGAUUAACACAUACGGCUGGAGGCAAGCUGGAGUGAAUCAUGUCCUCAUCUUUGAGCUCAACCCUCGCAGUAAUUUGUCCCAUCAACAUCUCUUUGAGGUUGCUGGAUUUCUUGGAACAUUGUGGUGCCUGAGUCUGCUGGCAUGUAUAUAUGGUCACCCCUAUGUUCCUAUGCAGGCAAACCCACUUAUAUUGUAUGGAUUUAUGUUGUUGUUUCUCAUAAACCCUACCAAAACCUUCUACUACAAAUCCCGUUUUUGGCUGCUCAAACUCUUGUUUCGGGUGUUCACUGCCCCCUUCCAUAAGGUGGGCUUUGCAGAUUUCUGGCUGGCCGACCAGCUUAAUAGUCUGGCUGUGAUACUUAUGGACCUUGAAUACAUGAUUUGUUUCUAUAGCUUUGAGCUCCAGUGGGCAGCCAAUGAUGCAUUGCUGGCAGAUCCAGUUGGUCAGAUCUGCAACACCUAUGCCUAUGGAGUGCGAGCAGUUGUCCAGUGCAUUCCUGCGUGGUUGAGAUUCGUCCAGUGCCUGCGCCGAUACCGUGACACCAAGCGGGCCUUUCCCCACCUUGUUAAUGCUGGCAAAUACUCCACAACCUUCUUUAUGGUGACAUUUGCAGCCCUUUACAGCACUCAUAAAGUUCGAAAACACAGCGACUCCCAAGUGUUCUUCUACCUGUGGAUCGUCUUCUAUUUUGUCAGCUCCUGCUACACCCUCAUCUGGGACUUGAAGAUGGAUUGGGGUCUCUUUGACAGGAAUGCUGGCGAAAAUACUUUCCUGCGGGAAGAGAUUGUCUACCCACAAAAGGCCUAUUACUACUGUGCCAUUGUCGAGGAUGUGAUUCUGCGCUUUGCAUGGACUAUCCAGAUCUCUCUUACGUCCAUGCCAAUCCACCCUUACGCUGGGGAUAUCAUCGCUACUGUGUUUGCACCACUUGAGGUUUUCCGGCGAUUUGUGUGGAAUUUCUUCCGACUGGAGAAUGAGCACCUGAACAACUGUGGUGAAUUCCGAGCUGUCCGGGACAUCUCAGUGGCACCACUCAACGCAGAUGAUCAGACCCUGCUUGAACAGAUGAUGGACCAGGAGGAUGGUGUCCGGAAUCGUCAGAAAAACCGGGCCUGGAAGCGUAGCCAGAGUGUGUCCUUGCAUAGACCACGUCUUGCUUCUCAGUCCAAGUCUCGUGACACCAAGGUGUUAAUAGAAGACACAGAUGACGAAGCAAACACAUGAAAUGUCCACAGAACCAAGUUCCACAUCCCUUGUGUUCUCUCGCUUUACUACCUUCUCCCUGCCCCCCCGCCCCGCACAACCACCAACAACAACAACCCAACUUCUGGUAUAUUUCCAGCAGAAAACAGGAGAAAAAAUCUGAACACACUUUCUGAGCUCUUCCGGACCGGAUCCUAUGGACUCCAACAAGCUCACUGUGUUUGCUUUUCUUUUCUUCUGGUUUUAAUUUGAUUUCUUGUUUUUAAAAUAAAAAGGUUACUUCGUUUUGCCAAUCAGAGGGACACUUAUGGAAGGAACUGUCUUAAAGAUUGUUUUCAAUCGCUUCAAGGACAUAACAAUUUCGAUGAGGAAGCAUCGUCGGGACUCCCCGAGGAGACUCUACCGAGAACUCACUCAGUCUCUGCUCGGUCCAGUUUUGACGGGUUGAAGCUGGACCUGCAUUUUUAACUCUGGCUCAUGCUCUUGUUUUUGGUGUUCUCCUCCUUCAUAUCCCAGCACCAAGGCACUGGUUGCACUUGCCGGGAAAGUGCACUUAGGGCAGUACCUUCAUUCAUGAAGCUACUUUUUAAUUUGAUGUGACUUUCUUAUAAUUUUUUGGAAAUACGAUGUAUUUGUUGCACAUAGUUUUCACAUUAUUUAUGAUAGUUAACAACUAUAUAAGAGAAUGGUUUCGAGUCCUGUGCAAUGAAGGUGGUAGCUCUCUUAAAAACAAGGCGAGUGGUGGGGGGGAGGGGACGUAGAUCCUGAAUCUCUCUUCCUGUGAGGUUACGCCCCUUUAAAAUACCUCUUUGACGAGAGAAUUUGCACCGCUUUGACCUGACUUUCUCUUUCUCUUUUUCCAUUUGAUUUCUUUUAAACCAAAGUUUCUCUUGUGGGUUUUACUUGCUGCUGCUGCUGCCGCUGCCGCUGGUCCCUCAGAAACCUGGGCAUGAUUUUAGCCGGAUCAUCCUUGUCUCUCUUUGGGUUUUUGUUUUUUUAAAUGUAGCUGUGCAGAAGUAGUACAAAUGAUCUUCAGCUUUCUGACGGAGGUUAAUCCCGUGCAGUUCCUCAGAUACCCGUGCAAAAAAAGCCUUAGUUUGUAGAUUAGGAAAAGUUUUUUGCUUUAAUGAGCUGAGUCUUUAGGACAUUACCCUUUUAAACAGGGGAUACAUGCAUUAUUCCAUUUACUUCAGCUACAUAAUAGGAGUGAAACUUGGGAUUAAGUGAAGAAAUGGUCUGCCUUGUUGGGGAUACAGGAUGGUGCCUUCAUCAGUCCAAAUGGGGGUUAGGCAGACACUCAAGACCUUGUCACUUAGGUGAGUUGGAGACUGUGGUCUCGGAAAUUGGUAUUGCAAUAGAAAGGGCUUUUUAAUGCUUUAAAAAUAAUAAUAAUUAAAAAAAAAAACCUUUUGCCAUACUUUGGCAAAUACUCUUCUGACAAUCACUGGCCAAGAACAUCCUCAGGUUAGCUUUCUUUUCUUUCUUUUCUUUUUAACCUAUCUACCCCAAAUCCUGCCAAGCUUAGUGUUAGACCUGACUUCUGCAAGUAUUAUAUUAAGUGGCACUGCUAAUGGGAGUAAGGGUAGAUGGCCAUACAGUUUAGAAAAUUCUUUAGGAAAAGUUUCCAGCUUGAUUUUGUUUUCAUCCACGUUGGCCUCCAGAGCCCAUAGGAUAGAGCAGCAUGAAUGUCUUAAGAUGACCAUAUCCACCCCUCGUAGUCGCAAGCCUUGUUGUGUAUGCCACGCAUUUGUGCUUAAUGUUAGCAAACGAAAUCUUAUUUGUGCUCUGUUACACAGUGUGUGCGUAUGUGAGGUCAACACCAUAUAGUGGGGAAGCUACUAAAUUUCCCUGAACUCUGUCUCUAUUCCAAGACUUCACAGCAAGGACUGUGUUGUCUCUCUCUCUCUCUCUCUUUUAGCCAUUUCAGGUUGUAACUUCUUGCUAGUUCCUUUUCUCCUGCGGAGUCGUCUAGGGUCUGCAGAUCAGAGGCACACUUUUAAGCAAAGAGGGUUCCUCCUCCUUAAACCUUCCCCCCUUUUUCUUAGUUGAUAAUUGUGUCCCUGCUUACCUAUUUAUUGCCCACUUAUCUUCUCAAGCCAUUCAUUUUGUAGGGCAACUGUGGCUUAAAAAAAAAAAAAAAGUAUUCAUAACGUGCCUGUAUCCCAGAGGAACUAGAGACUGGAAUCUGCUACUCUUCAACAGAGCAAAAUAAGUCAGCAAAACAGUGGCUGCAAAUUAGGGCCUCUUAGCAGGCAGAAGAGUGAGUCCUAGAAUCACAGUCACUUUUAUUGUGCUUUAGCCUAUCAAGAUAAUUGCUGGGAGAACUGCAAAAAAAAAAAAAAACCCACAAAUUUUAACAUGAUGGAUGGCCAGGGAGAGAGGUGUGUGGAUGUUGGUAGAAAACAUGGGAGUUGUGCAGUAUGAGUUCUUCUGCCCAUUUGGUAUACGAAAACCAAGCUACUCCAAGAGGAAAUAAUUCUGAGAACAGUUUUUAACGAUAGGACCCUACAUGUCCUCCUGGGGUUCAGAAGCUCCAGCCUAGCCGUGCUGCCUUUCUCAGACAAGAUGCAUUUGCAAUUAAGGAGAGCCUUUGAGAUAUUUCAAGGGUUUUUGCUUUGUUCUUUUUUUUCUAUUCCAGGGGUCGGCUUUGUUUUGUUUGUAUUUUACUUACGAAAAUAGUUGAUUUUUUUUUUUUUAAUGCAGCAAUCUGGUUGUUAACUGAUAAUUACCGCUGACUGUCUGAGAAUAAUGGUGACUAAUUAUAAAAUUUAGGAAGAUUAACGGCGCGAAAGGAUCAACGUAGCCUUGGGAUGCUGGUCUGAGCAAAUCAUGUGUCACCUCCCAAAGCAAUGCAACGCUUCUUAAGCUAGCGUAGAAAGAACUUGGCAGAGAGGUUUGAAAGAACAAGGGUAGAGUAGGAGGAGCAGUCAGUCGCUGGAGAAUUCUCAGCAGCCCGUGGACUCAGGUAGGAUGAAGGGAAAGGCUUUAUCUGGAGACAGCUGAUAGUUAUAAAGAGAACUGAAAACAGUGUCCGGCAAACAUCAUUGGCCUUAGGAGCACAUGCAAAGUUUUCCGCGCUUUUUCAUAGCGUCAUCUCUGGCCAAACGGGCCUUGUAGGUUUCUGCAGCAUUAAAAACUUGAAAAGCCUUGCUCACUAGAUAAUAGGAAUGGAACAUGCCACGGGCAAGAGUGCCCCUUUUAUGCUGCUAUCAGUACUCUGAAAAAAAGCUAUUAUUAGCAGCAGGAUGCAUCCAGCUUAUCCAGAAACGACUGCACAGCUGGUCCAGACCUUGUGUCUAUGGGAACCCUUCUCAAUUCUUGUGGGCAUUGCAUUGUUGCAUUUGAUUCUGAUACAGAGGGAUAGUCUUCACUCUCCCAACAUUAAUGACGUUCUCAGAAGAAUGCAAAAUUCAAGACUACUGUUUGGAGUGGCAGGUUUUACCAGGAAGCCCUUACAGUCUUUCUUCCAGCGGUGGUUUAGCUGCUGUAAUGCCUUGGGCAUUCCAUUCCAGUAUGGAUUUUAAAAAGAAUGGGAGUUUCAGUACUAACUCGGAUUUCUAUAUGUAACAUACGAACUAGGAGAUUGCAGGUCUUGCCAGUACUGGAAUUCCUUCCCAGAUUACAUAUCAAGCAUGCUAGGCUAGCUGUGGACAAGAUCCUUGACUUCCUGCUUCAGGUGUUUUGAAAUGAGUCACUCGUGCUUCUGGAAUCGUUUUUAAAAAGAGCCUCUUCUCUGAAUUUCUUAUUUCGUUCUUACAGUGGUCAGUGCGGAGUGGGAUCCACAGCUGUGCCAGAAAGGUGGUGUUCCCUGAACCCCUCAUUUUUUUAAAAAAAGCUGGUUUAAACUUAAAGAUGGAAUAUUGGGACUGCCAGGACACAGCUUCCUCCAUCCUGAAUUGAAAAGGCUGUCUUUUGAUGGAGACAUGCAGUGGUCGCCCCCCCACCCA